UUAAAAAUUGUCAAAAAUUAACCAGUAAAAUAAAAUUAAGUGUAUUAACUUGUAUCUGAAAUUAAGAAAUUAUAUUGAUAUUGACGUGAAAUUAUGGCUCUAGAUAUUAGAGGAACUGCUACGAAGGGAAACAGAGAAUGCUUCAAUGUUCUGACUAUUAAAUUAAAGUUUGCCCAAAAAGGCUAUAAAUUAUUAAAAAGAAAGACGGAUGCCCUUAAUUUGAAGCUACGUGUGAUUUGCAGGGAAAUGCUCUUAGCUAAAUUUGCAGUAGAAGAAAUAAUGAAAGAUGCUUUUAUGUCACUCGCAGAAGUUAAGUUUGCCGCAGGAAAUAUUGCUAAUUAUACCCUACAGAACGUCGCACAUGCCCAUAUCAAAGUAAAAAGCAAAACCGACUACAUGGCAAGUGUUCAAUAUGAAACAUUUGAAAUGUUCGAAAGUGGGUCAGAUACUUAUGAACUUACUGGUUUAGCCCGAGGCGGUCAACAUUUGGCUAAACUUAAAAAAAUAUACCAAAGAGCCAUCGAAUUUGUUGUACAGUUGGCUUCGUUACAAUCAUGCUUUACUUUUCUUCAAACCGCCGUGAAGACAAAUGAGACCAGGGUAAAGGCCCUUGAAUUUGUACUAAUUCCAAAAAUUAAACGCGCUCUUCACUAUAUUGGACACAUGUUAGAAGAAAUGGAUAGAGAAGAAUUUCAUCGCUUGAAAAUGGUUAAAAAUAAAAAGAAAGAACUGAUGGGGAGUCACGCCAUUGAUGUAUCAGAACCAGAAUACGAAUUCAUUACUAUCUUCAAUGACGAAAAUGAUGAUUGGCUACUUUAUCGAUGAUAUUAGCAAUAUUAUACUAUUAACAUAAAAAGAAAAUUUUAAAGGAUGUAUGUACUGUGUUAUAUUCAUUCACCAUACCAGCAACUUGUAAUUUUGUAACUAUUUCAAAAAUU